AUGGCAGUCACGAGCGAAGAAGCUGCCAAAAUCGCCUUUUUACUAUCAUUCGACUGGAAUCAAGCUGACUUUGAGAUCGACAACAGGCCAAACAACGCGAAUUCACAGGCCCCACCUCAUGCGUCACCGGCGCAAGGUCCAGGGCCGGUACUUCCUCCACCAUCCGGUGGUGGAUACUACUCCUCAAGCGCCGCGACAGCCCACAAUCAGAACCUUCCUACACUUCCAGGAUUGAGUGCGCAACCUCAGCACUCGUCGCCCCACAUGUCCGCUCAGCGACCACCUUCUUCUGACGCGGCAGCGCAAGGUCACCAAGGUCCCCAGGGGUCCCAAUACUCGUUGCCAGGAAUAUCGCAAACACUACAACAGCAACAGCAAUCGCAAGCGCAGCCCCAAUCGCAACAGCAGCAGCAUCUGCCGACUUCGGAGCAAGUGAAUGCGGACAGGGAACGAGAAAUGCGCGAGCGCGAAACAAGGGAGAGGGAAAUGGAGGCGCAUCCUAUGCACCAGCAAGAAGAAAUUGUGAAGCGCGAGGCAGAGCAGCGGGAUCGGGAGCUCCAUGAGCGCCAGCAGCGCGAGCACGCAGCGCUACAAAACCACUCCACGCCAAUGCAGAUCCAUCAACCUGUUGCAGUUGCCCCUUCCGCGCGAACGAUACACGGUCCGAAUGGUUUGCUUGGGCAGUCUGGGCAGAUGAAUGGGCCAAAUUCACUCGCCCCUCCAAUGGGCGGCAACCAAAACGCACCUAACCCCAUGUACGGCAACGCGCCUGCGCAGCACGAGCAGACGACGCCUCGUAUGCAGCACGCGGUGCAAGCGCCGACUCAAGCUCAGAUGCUGAUGCCCUUUGCCGGUCCUCCAGGAUCCAUGGCCAUGGGUCAGGGACAGCAGCCGAUUCUCAAUGACGCAUUGAGCUAUCUCGACCAAGUCAAGGUGCAGUUUGCCGAUCACCCAGACGUCUACAAUCGAUUCCUCGAUAUUAUGAAAGACUUUAAGAGCGGUGCGAUUGACACUCCAGGCGUUAUCGAGAGGGUAUCAACUCUGUUUGCGGGCAAUCCAGCCUUGAUUCAAGGAUUCAACACAUUCCUCCCACCCGGCUACAAAAUUGAGUGUGGCACCAAUGGAGACCCAAAUGCUAUUCGAGUUACGACGCCAAUGGGUACUAUGGUUUCCACUAUGCCCGCUCCAAGGCCACUUUCGCCGCCCCGAAGCGGUGCCGCUAAUGGCAACAACGCUCCACAGCAUGAAGGCACUUACUACGAAACUGCACAAGGACGGCCUUGGCCUCAGCAGCAAAGGCCCCAAGGACCUGACGGACAAGAAACAAUGUUUUCUCCAAACAACCGCACUUUGGGACAGCCUCUGUAUGGGUCGCAGCAAGGACAACAGGGUCACCCACAGCAUUCACCAGAAGUUACCUCGCGACCCCAUCCUGACCCUGCUGGCUCGGCCGCCGCACUAGCUCACCAGCAAGAGCAAAGGGGUGUCUCGCAGCUGCAAAAUGCUGUUUCUGCUGCUACUGGUCGUUCACUCAUGUCGCCUAGUGUUGAUGCUUCUACCCCUCAAGGACAAGCAAUGAAUGGCUCUGCUCAACUUCCCCAAAUGGGUGGGGCUGCAGCUGAAAAGCGAGGACCAGUAGAGUUCAAUCAUGCUAUCAGCUACGUCAACAAGAUCAAGAAUCGAUUUGCGGCUCAUCCUGAUAUCUACAAGAAUUUCUUGGAGAUACUCCAGACCUACCAACGAGAAUCGAAACCUAUCCAGGACGUGUACGCCCAAGUCACUCAUCUGUUCGGUGGCGCGCCAGAUCUUCUCGAAGACUUCAAACAGUUUCUGCCAGAAUCUGCCGCUCACCAUAGAGCACAACAACAGGCUGCCAAGAACGCUGCUGAAGAUGCGGUUAUGCUCAGCAAUGUAAGAGGGGAAUCAGGAUACGGAGUCGCAGCGAACCAACAGACACCUGGUCGUGCGGAUACCUCGCGAUUGCCUCCCAUGGGCAACUUCGCACCCACACCCACAGCGAACCGUGACAACAAGCGGAAGCGUGAGCGACAGGGACCAGUGGCUGCACCCAUGCCUGCGCCCAUGUCUCAAGAGCCUCCAACCUCGAAUGUCCGCGGUGGCUACAGCCAGGUAAAUAUUAACAAGCGUGCAAAGACCGGACAUACUACAAAGCAGACAAUUCCAGAUGGUCCACCAGUCUCGCCUACCUUGACGCCUGCGCUCCCUGAGCCGAUGCCGCCAACAACAACGACGUCUCCUAGCCAAGAUGAGCUUGCGUUCUUUGACCGCGUCAAGAAGUUUAUCGGAAACAAGAACAUCAUGAACGAGUUCUUGAAGCUCUGCAAUCUCUACUCACAGGAUUUGAUUGACAAGCAACUCCUCCUGUACCGUGCGCAAUCCUUCAUUGGCGGCAACCAAGAGCUUUUUGCAUGGUUCAAGAAGUUCAUGGGUGAAGAUGAAGAACAGCAAAAUUCGCGACCCAAGACAGUCAAUUCCCGUGUCUCAUUAUCCAACUGCCGAAGCUUAGGUCCUAGCUAUCGUCUUCUUCCUAGGCGUGAAAGGGAGCGCGUAUGCAGCGGGCGUGACGAGCUUUGCCGGUCUGUCUUGAAUGACGAAUGGGCCUCUCAUCCAACGUGGGCUUCUGAAGAUUCCGGAUUCGUCGCCCAUCGCAAGAACACAUUCGAAGAGGGUCUUCACAGGAUUGAAGAAGAGCGCCAUGACUAUGACUUCAACAUUGAAGCUUGUAGCCGCACAAUCCAGCAGCUCGAGCCUAUCGCCAAUCAGUUGCUCACAAUGAAGCCCGAAGAUAGGAUUGGGUUUACUUUGCCUCCCGGACUGGGCGGACAGAGCGAGACAAUCUACAAGCGUGUCAUUAUGAAGAUCUAUGGUCGCGACCGAGGCAAAGACGUUAUCAAAGAGCUCUUCCAGAUGCCUUGGAGCGUAGUCCCAGUGCUUCUCCACCGGUUAAAGACGAAGCUGGAAGACUGGAAGGCCGCUCAACGAGAAUGGGAAAAGGUCUGGCGCGAUCAGACUCAAAAGAUCUUCUGGAAGUCACUUGACCACCAAAGCAUCACAGUCAAGCAGGUUGACAAGCGACAAUUCCAACCCAAGUCGCUUACAAACGAGAUCCAAGUUCGCUACGAGGAACAAAAGCGUCUCCAGCAGAUUCAAGAAAUUUCACAGCCAGACUAUCAGUUUGCCUUCUCUUUCAAGGAUGAAGAAGUGCUGUUCGACGUGGCUCGUUUGAUGCUCACUUUUGCCGACAACAACCCAGGCGCUGAAUUUGCAAAGGUUGUGCCUUUUGUCAGGGAGUUUGUUCCCCUCUUCUUUGGCAUCGAUUCGGCCAAGUUUGAGCAACGGGUACACACUUCAGGGCGUGAUACGCCCAAUGAUUCCGGCGAAGACACUCCCUCCCCAGAUGAAGACGUCUCUCAGCGCUCGCUGAAGACAAAGAAGGGUGACCUUCGCCGCGAUGUCCUUGAUCCCCGCAGCAAGCCACGGAAAGACAAAGAGGACAGCGUCGCCUCAGCGAGCCGGGACAGCACACCAGACAACUCUAUGGAAGAGGAUGCUGCUGUCGAUAGUUCCAACUCGAUACCGCGUGCAGACCGACCAGCUAGUCAUUGGGUGGAAUACGCCGCUACUCCGACUGCCUUUGGUGACAAGGAAUUUGAGCACGAAGAACCUUACCGCCGCGUUGAGUACAACAUGUACGCCAAUGCCUCAAUCUACUGCUUCUUCCGGAUGUUUGUCAUGCUUUACGAGAGGCUUUUGAAGCUCAAGGAGAGCGAGGAUGAAGUGCAAAGGCUCAUCAUGCGUGCCAAGGAGCCCAAGCCAGCACAGAAACUUAAGAUGCUGGACAAGCAACCCGAAGACUUUUUCAAGGACACUUCGCCUACGGCAAACUACUACCAGCAACUUCUCGACAUGUUCCAGGACCAGAUUACCGGAGACGUGGAGAUGAACUUUAUCGAGGAGACAUUACGUCGAUACUACUUGCAGAUUGGCUGGCAGCUGUACUCAUUUGAUAGGCUGCUCAGCUCGUUGGUUCGAUUUGCUGUUGCAAUUGUAAGCCAGGAUAGUAAGGACAAGAGCCUUGAUAUCUACAACCUCUUUAGGAAGGACCGUGUCAACGAUACCACCACGCACAAGAGCGAGAUUGCCUACCGAAAGGCUGUUGAGAAGUUCGCCAAAGAUGCUGAUACCUACCGCAUUACUUAUGACCCCGCCAAGAUGGAAGCUUAUGUCCGACUGUUCAAGAAGGAUGACCCUACCUUUGAAUUCAACACGCUGGACCGGAUCAAGCGCUGGCGGGCAUACGUCGCCUCGUACAUGGCUGUCGAGCCUACCGAGGAGGUCGAUCUCUCGCGCGUCAACUAUCCUUACCUUAAGAAGCGUUUGGCAAAGGCCGAACUUCUCUCCGAAGAAGACCGGUUUGAUCAGGUCCAGCAUGACGACAAGAUUACUGUUUCCAUCAGUCCUUCUGCCUACAUCAUGACAUUUAUCAACAGCGAGCCAUUUGGUACGGGUGGUGUUCAGUAUUUCCUCCAACCAGAUGCCGUGCGCGCAGGUGUCAGCGAGGCGGUUCCAAAGCCCAGCGAGGAGUACAGGAGACUCAACGACGAUCGGAGAGAGAGGGUCCAGGAGAUUCUUGUGAGGAACAAUAGUUGGAUGAAGGAUCUGAGUCGCGAUGAGGUGGAUGCCAAGAAGACGGCGUUCAAGAAGGACAUGGAAGAGCCUAGGAAGGUGGCUGAAGGCGAGGAUGUGGACAUGGAGGGCGCAGACGGGUUCGCGUACUAA